GGUAUUCUUGAUUCCUUGUUUUUUUUCUCUCUGUGUUUUAGAUUUUCCAAGCUGUUAGGCACCAAUUAAACCUUGUUUAGGCAAGGGGCUUUAUGGACUAGUUUCCAGUGCUCCUAUAAGAAUAAAUAAGAAAGAAAAGAAUAUUGCUGGUGAAAAUACACUAUUCAAAUAAAUGUCUGAUUCAGUAUAUUUUGUAGCUAGCAAAGAGCCCCUUAAAUUGAAAGGGGUCAAGGAUUCAGGAAUCAAAAAGAAGAAGAAGAAAGCAAAGAAUGCAGAAAAAGAUGCCCCAGGAGCUCCUGAUGUCCACAACAACGUGCUUGUGUCGUCCAUCAGCGGCAACAAGGCUUGUGCCAUACAGAGAACAAAGGCUGAGAUGCAUUUCCUCAAACGGCAGAGACAAAUGGAGGAAGAUCGCAUCAAAAAGAAGGCGUCCAAAAGUCACAAGGAGAAGGUGGAAGAAUUCAAUCGCAACUUAGAUUCUCAAUCUGAACACUUUGAUAUCCCCAAGGUUUCCUGGACCAAAUAAAUGUAUUCAGCCUAUGUUGUAUUCAUAUUUAUU